GAUGAGGGGCCAGGCCGCAGCCCCGGGGCCCGUCCGGCUGCUCCCGCUCCUCCCGCUGCCGCUGCCGCUGCUGCUGCUGCCGCUGCUCCUGGGGCGCGGGGCCGGGGCGGCCGGCGGCGUGGCCGAGGCGGGGCCAGGGCCUGAGCCGUGCGCCACCCUGGUGCAGGGCAAGUUCUUUGGCUACUUCUCGGCGGCCGCCGUGUUCCCGGCCAACGCAUCGCGCUGCUCCUGGACCCUGCGGAACCCAGACCCGAGGCGCUACACGCUGUACAUGAAGGUGGCCAAGGCCCCGGCGCCCUGCGGCGGCCCCGGCCGUGUCCGCACCUACCAGUUUGACUCCUUCCUGGAGUCCACGCGCACCUACCUGGGCGUGGAGAGCUUCGACGAGGUGCUGAGGCUGUGCGACCCCUCGGCGCCGCUGGCCUUCCUGCAGGCCGGCAAGCAGUUCCUACAAAUGCGCUGGCAGCAGCCGCCCCAGGACAUGGAGCCCCAGCCCCUCGACGGGCCGCCGGGCCCCGGCGACGACUUCUCCGUGGAGUACCUGGUCGUGGGCAACCGGAACCCCAGCCGUGCCGCCUGUCAGAUGCUGUGCCGCUGGCUGGACGCCUGCCUGGCCGGCAGCCGCAGCUCACACCCCUGCGGGAUCAUGCAGACCCCCUGUGCCUGCCUGGGCGGGGAGGCCGGCGGCGCCGCCUCGGGACCCCUGGUCCCCCGUGGGGACGUCUGCCUGAGAGACGGCGUGGCCGGGGGCCCCGAGAACUGCCUCACCAGCCUGACGCAGGAGCGGGCCGGGCACGGAGCCGCAGGCGGCUGGAAGCUGUGGUCCCUGUGGGGCGAGUGCACGCGGGACUGUGGGGGCGGCCUGCAGACACGGACGCGCACCUGCCUGCCCGCGCCGGGCGUUGAGGGCGGCGGCUGCGAGGGGGUGCUGGAAGAGGGCCGCCUGUGCAACCGCAAGGCCUGCGGGCCCGCUGGCCGCGCCAGCUCCCGGAGCCAGUCCCUGCGGUCCACGGACGCCCGGCGGCGGGAGGAGCUGGGCGACGAGCUGCAGCAGUUCGGGUUCCCUUCGCCCCAGACGGGCGACCCGGCGGCCGAGGAGUGGUCCCCGUGGAGCGUGUGCUCCAGCACCUGCGGCGAGGGCUGGCAGACCCGCACGCGCUUCUGCGUGUCGUCCUCCUACAGCACGCAGUGCAGCGGGCCCCUGCGGGAGCAGCGGCUGUGCAACAACUCGGCCGUGUGUCCAGUGCAUGGCGCCUGGGAUGAGUGGUCGCCCUGGAGCCUCUGCUCCAGCACCUGCGGCCGCGGCUUCCGGGACCGCACGCGCACCUGCAGGCCCCCCCAGUUUGGAGGCAACCCCUGUGAGGGGCCCGAGAAGCAAACCAAGUUCUGCAACAUCGCCCUGUGCCCUGUCGAUGGAAGCUGGAACGAGUGGUCCAGCUGGAGCACCUGCUCCGCCAGCUGCUCCCAGGGCCGGCAGCAGCGCACGCGCGAGUGCAAUGGGCCCUCGUACGGCGGCGCCGA